ACAGGCGCAGUUUGCGCUUUCACCUGCGGGGAGAUGAAAGACGGUGAUCUCGAAGAUAGAAAGACCGAGGAUUAGGGAAAAAAGCACUUUUUAAUAUUUAACAUCGAUUACUUUUUGACAGUAGCAGCGGCUUGAAAUAUGUUCAAGAAACUGAAGCAGAAAAUUAACGAAGAGCAGUCCCCACAAAGGAAUGCGCAGUCUCAGCAGCAGGCCCAGAACCCUGCCGUCCCCACAGCACCACCUGCAGGCUCUCGAGGACGUACCUCAUCCCUCACACUCCGGCAGGAUGAAAGCACCAUCUCUCCAGAUGACAGAGAGCUGCUAGCCGGGAUGAUAGCAGAGCCUGCUUUUCUGUCUGAAUAUACUAUCUUUGCUCUGGACCAUACCAAACGACCUAAAGCGACUCAGAUUGCCAGUGUGAAUGUAUCUAAGCCUGUCACAGAAACUCCAAAAACUGGCAGUGUUAACGGAGAUGAGACGGACUCAACUCAGAAGCUCGAGCCCCAGUCACUCGCAAGGAAGCUCCAGCUCCGCGUGCCCUCAAUGGAGUCUCUGUUCCGCUCCCCAUCCAAGGAUGGCCUGUUCCGCUCAUCCUCACGGGAGAACCUGGUGCGCAGCACUUCACGGGACUCUCUCAACCGCCUGGGGGAGGCGGACACCCCCGGGACGCCCUCCUUUGACCCCCCUUCGGACAUAGAGAGCGAGGCAGAGGACUCCCCGGGCAGUGUCGACACACUGACCAAGGAGCAGCUCCUCCAUCGGUUGCACAGAAUGGAGAGGAGUCUGGGCAACUACAGGGGAAAGUACUCCGAGCUUGUCACUGCCUAUCGAGCGGUACAGAGAGAUAAAGAGAAAGUCCAGGCAAUUUUGAGUCAAAGCCAAGACAAGGCACUGCGAAGGAUUGGGGAGCUGAGAGAGGAGCUACAGAUGGACCAGCAGGCAAAGAAGCACUUGCAGGAGGAGUUUGAUGCUGCUCUGGAGGAGAAGGACCAGCUCAUCACUGUCCUGCAGACACAGGUGGCACUAAUGAAGAAGCGUUUGCAGACUGCCCAGGUGGCUUCAGAUCACAGUGAGACAUUACCCCAGUCUGCAGAGGCAGGAGACACCGAGUCUUCCCCAGAGAACACCACACAAGGGAUCACAGAUACCUCCAGCCUUUCUGAAGGGGGAAGUGGAGAUGCAGCAAUGACACUGGAAGCUCUCCAGCAGCGAGUAAAGCGGCAGGAGAAUUUGCUGCAGAGGUGCAAGGAGCUGCUCCACACACACAAGGAGCGCAACUCUCAGCUCAGCAGUGAGAAGGAGGCCCUGCAAGAGCAGCUACAGGAGCGCCUCCAGGAGCUGGAGAAAAUGAAGGAACUUCACACCACUGAGAAGACGAGGCUUAUCACUCAACUCCGUGAUGCCAAGAAUCUCAUUGAGCAACUGGAGCAAGAUAAGGGGAUGGUCAUUGCUGAAACCAAAAGGCAGAUGCACGAGACACUGGAGAUGAAGGAGGAGGAGAUCGCUCAGCUUCGCGCUCGGAUCCAGAUGGUAGCCGCCCAACGCGAUGAACUGCAGGAGCAGAAGGAGAAGUCGGAGAAAGCUGCCUUUGAGGAGCUGGAGAGGGCUCUGAGCAAUGCACAGAAAGCUGAGGAGGCCAGACGACAGCUCCAGGCCCACAUGGAAGAGCAGAUCAAGGCUGUGGAAAAGGCCAGCGAAGACGAACGAAAGAGUCUACAGCAGGAACUCACCAAAGUGAAGCAGGAGGUGGUCAGCAUCAUGAAGAAAUCUUCUGAGGAUUGGAAAGCAGAGGUUGAGAAACAGCACGCAGAAGCCCUAGCCAGCAAAGACCAACAUCUAAAAGAGAUUCUGCAGGUUCGCGAGGCUCAGAUUGAGGAGCAGAUCAGCCUAGCUGUGGAGCGAUGCCAAGGGGAGUAUUCCCAGAUAAUGCAGGAGAAGGAGCAACAGGCUGCAUUGGCACUGGAGGAGGUGGAACUUCAGAAGAAGGCAGUGCAAGCAGAGGCCCAGAACAGAGUGCAGCAGAUGGAACAGGAGCUGGAGAGUAGCAGGACUAGAGUUCUGGAAUUGGAAAGCUCUCUGGCAAAGUUUUCACAGGAUGGGGCAAAACAUUUGGAUGAGCAGUUGUUGCAGAUUGAACAUAAAUCUGCGGAGAAGCAUGAGGCCGAAAUGACUGGAUUGGCUGAGAAACUUAAAGAGCAGUUAGAAAGCCUAAGACGGGAUCAGGAAAGCAUUCGGGCAGAACAAAUGGAGAGCAUGAAGCAGCAACACCAAACUGCCCUGGACGAACUUAAGGAAAAACAUCGACAAGAGUUAGAUACUGUCCUGAAAGAGAGGGAGUCUCAGUUCCAUGCACACAUUGAAGACAUGAAUUUAAAAACCUUGGAGAAGCUUGACGUAAAACAGACGGAGCUGGAGGCUCUCUCUUUGGAGCUGUCAGAAGUUCUGAAAGCACGAAAGCUUUUGGAAGAGCAGCUAAAAGAUGCCACUAGCUCUGUCAGACAGGAGUACGAAGUUAAACUCCAACAGGAGAAAUCCAGGUACGAGAACGAGGUGGAAGGCAUUAGAUCACAGCAUGAGCAGUCUUUGGGAGGAGUAGAGAAGACUCUGAAGGAAGAACUCAAUAAGCUCAAAAUGGUCUUGGAAGAAAAAGAGAAAAUAAUUGAAGAAAUACAGAUAAGGGAGAACAAUCUGAAGGAGGAGGCAGUCAAGGCUCAGCAAGAAGCAAGAACUAAAUUUGAGGAGCUGAGCCUUUUACAUAGCAAAGAGCUGGAAGAAGCACUAGAGCAAGCACAGAAGACAUUUUCUGGAGAGUUAGAAGAACUAAGAGAAAGUCUUAAAAGAGCAGAAUCAGAAAGGGAACAUUUGACAGAGGCCAGUGUUAAACUAUGUCAAGUCACCCCUGAACUAGAGAGUUUGAAAGGUCAGGUGAAACAGCUAGGGCAACAGCUAGAGGAUAAGGAGAAAGCAUCAGACCAGAAAGUGCAGACUCUUCAAGAGGAGUGUUCAGCACAGGUAACAGAACUACAGUGCCAGCUGGAGAAGGUUAAGAAAGAACUGUCUGAACAGGAGCAGUCUUAUGCACAAACGUUGGAUCUGCAUCGCCAACAGGUAACACAUUUAAAUAAAAAGUUAGAAGAGGAGCAAGCUGCAGCAGUGCAGAAAAUAGAGGCCACAAACAAAGAGUUUGAAAGCAAACUUAAAGCACAAGAAGCAAAGAUGGAAAAAAUAAAUCAAAAGGCAAAGGAGAUGCAGGAGAAGUUCAAGAAGACACUCUCUGAGCAGGAGAAAAAACUGAGAGUGGAGCUGGCAAAGAAGGAGGAAGACCUUGCCCAAAAGGACAAGCAGUGUAAUGAAAAAAUCCUGGAAAUGGUUCAUGCCAGUUCAGCUGGCAUCAAUGAUGCUGUCUCUCAACUGGAAUCCACCCAGAAAGAGCAACUAGAGAGUUUGUGCAAGGCCCACAAGAAGGAGCUGGAGGAGUUGACUCAUAGCUGGCAGAAAAGGCUGGAUCAGCAGGAGGAAGAGAUACAGGAAAAGCAUGAGGCAGAGUUACAGGAGAAAGUACAGGAGCUUGCUGAAAUUAAACAACAGCUAGAAGCCACUAGAGACGAGAAGGAGCAGGUUCUCCAAGAAAUUAAAGACCUAAGGGAAGAGCUGGCCAUGAGAGAGACUACUGUGCAGAAACUGCAGGCAGAACUGAAGGAGGCAGCUGUGAGGGUAGAAAAUUUAUCACAGGGGGAAGCAAUGUUGAAGGAGCAAGUUGAGGCAAUGGAAAAAAACCUGAAUCAAGCUUUAAAUGAGAGAAAUUCCUUUCAAGACCAGUUUUGUAUAGCUGAAGAGGAUAGCAAAAACAGGCUUCUAGUUCUUACAAAAGAGCUGGAGGAGGCCCAAAACAAACUGCAUGUUCUUGAAGCUGCAAGCAGUAAAGAAGGUGAGGACAUUCAGAAGAGACUUGAGGAGAAGGUCCUAGAAAUGCAGUCAAAAGAAGAAGAGUUAAGAAAUCAGCUCAACAUGAUCAACAAGCAGUUGGUUCUUUCAUGUAAUGAAGUUCAAAUGAAGCUGGAAGAUAACACCAAUGAUCUCUGUAACACAUUGAAUAGCAGAUUCAGUGUGCUAUGUGAUAGAGUUGCCUGCAGCCAGAAACAAAUUGCACAACUCAGAAAUGUAAUUCUGUCUAAGAGUGAUAGAACCCAUACUUUGGCAGAACGGCUUCAGCAGAUGGCAGAGGAAAAUAAUAGCUUAGAUAGUAGACUGAUGCAGAUGAUGCUUCAGUUGCAGGACAAAGAAGACCAUAUAAAAGCCUUAACUAUUGAGAAGGAAUCUUUAGAGAAAGAUGGGAACUGUAAUAUGCAAAUCCUUUCAGAGAAAGAACUUUGCAUUGAACAGCUAAAAAAUGACUUAACUGCAAGUAUGGAGGCCAGUGUUGCAGUUUCAGAAAUUAUUGAAGAAAAAGAAGGUCAUAUCACCAGUUUGGAGAACAUGGUAAGUGACUUGAAGACCAGGCUAGCAAACAGUCUAGCAGCCAAGGAAGAAGCCAUAUCGUUACUCAAUGAGCAGCACAAAGAGGAACGUCAGGUACUAGUAAACCAAAUGAAGGAUUUAUCAGAGAGUUUAGAGACUGUUAACAAGGAGAAAUUCUUAGCCCUGGACCAGGCAGAGCAGUUGAAGAGUAAGCUUUCAGACUGGAAGAAGAAAACAGAAUCCAAGCUCACUCAGAACAACAGUACUGUCAAGUCGCUAAGAAGCAAAGUGGAAGACCUGGAAAAGCAAAUAGCUGACAAAGAUGAAAAGUUAGAAAGGUUAACAGACUGUGUUAAUAAUCAGUCCAUUAGCAAAUCUGAGAUGGACCAGGCUUUAAGUGAAAAGGAGCAAAAGGUUGGUGAGUUAACUGCAGCCUUACAGAGCUCCACUUGCAGGAUUAAAGAGCUGGAGGAUCUUCUGGUCAAAAAGACAGAGGAAUAUAACCAGUUAAUCACUGAUAUGCAAGAACAGUGCCAAGUCAAGGAUAGGGAACAAAAAGAGAUAGUUAUACAGUUACAACAGGCACAGGUGCUGUCCUCAGAAAAAGUCAACUUGGUGCAGGAGACUGAAGAGAAACUGCAAGCUCUCAUGAAGGAAACGGAAACACUAAAGCAAGAGCUUCAGCAUCAAAAGGAAAAUUUUGAAAGUUUGAAAGCAGAAAUUCUGAAGAGCAAAGAGGAGGAACUGAAGUCAGCAGAAGAAAGGUUAACAGAGAGCAUGGGUAGACUAGCAGAGCUGAAGAAGAAAGCUGAGCAAAAAAUUGGCUUAGUGAGGAAGCAGUUGACCUUACAGGUGGAAGAGAAGGAGCAAGCUAUAAAAACCUUGGAAACCCAGCUGGAUGAAUUUAAAUGGAAAGUUGAAGAUAGAGAAGAAAGUAUAAAAACACUUCAGGAAAAAGUUAAAUCUCUUGAAGCUGCCUUAAGUAGUGGAAAUGAUGAAAUGGAAAAGCAUGUGCAAAAGGUGAGAGAUGAAGACAAGCUUGAGAAAGAGAAGUCCUUGCAGAGUUUGGAAGAAACAUAUGAGGAAAAGCUCUGUGAUCUUCAGAAAGAAUUGGCUGAUCGAGACGCCGUUAUUCAGAAAAUUCAGGAGAGUGAUAAGGAAAGGGGUUCUAUUCAAGACGAAAUAUCUAAGAAGCAUGAAGAGGUUCUAAACAAGCUUAAGAGAUCAGAAGAAGAUAAAUUACAACAUCAAGCCGAAAUCGACAAUCUUAAAGUAGAAUUGCUGAAGCAGAAUGAAAUGUAUGCUGUCUUGGUCCAACAGCGGAAGGACAGUAUGGAGUCAGACCUUCAAAGGCAAUUGCAAGUCAAGGAAGGAAAAAUUACAGAACUGGAAAGCAGCUUGGAGGAGCUGAAGAGAAACAUGCAAGAAAGAGAAGUAUCAGAGAAUGUGCUGCAGCAAAAAGUCAAAGAGCUGGAGAAUUGCUUGGCCAAGGAGCAGUCAGACUUUAAAUGUAAAAAGGAUGCCUUAUCUGAAGAAUAUGAACAAAAGCUGAAGGACCUUAAAAACCGACUGUAUGAGAGGGAAUCUGUUCUCAAAACCUGUGAAGAAGUGUCAGAUGGGAACAGCAGGUCUGACCCUGAUGGUGUUGUGUCAGACGAGAGUGCAGAACAGAAGGAACUGGAGAGGAAGCUAAUGGAAGCAGAGAACGAGAAGCAGAAACUGCGUAAAGACGUUGCCAGACUGCAGAAAGACAUCCGUUCUUUGCGGAAGGAGCAUGUGCAGGAGCUGGAGUACGUGAAAAAAGAAAUGGCUGAAGAAAGUGAAAAGAAGCUCAAGUUGGAACUGGAGGACUUGGAGAUGAAGCACAACUCGGGCUUGAAGCAAUUAAUGAGGGAGUUCAACACACAGAUGGCCAAGAAAGAACAGGAGAUGGAAAAUGCUGUAAAAGAGGCAAUCAGCAAGGCCCAGGAAGUUGAGGCUGAGCUACUGGAUACUCACCGUGAGGAGGCCAAUCAGCUGUACAAGAAGAUUGCACAGAAGGAAGAUGACAUUAACAGAACAGUCCAGAGAUAUGAAGAGAUCCUUCAGAGUCGUGAGGAAGAGAUGACUGCGAGAGUGAAUGAGAUCCAGAAGGAGCUGGAGGAGUUGCGGGCUGAACGGGAGCAGACACUGAAUGAGGAGAAGAACCGGAACAGCCAACAGGGUACUGUGAAAGAGCUACAGACGCAGCUUGCACACAAGACCACACUUCUGAGUGAGGCUAAGCUAAAGGAACAGGAGUUCCAGGAAACGAUCCAUUCUCUUGAAGAUAAGCUAAGAUGUUUGCAUAAGAACUCAGUUGUGACUCAUUUAGGGACACCAUAUAGAGAUGGAAACCUCAGCAGCGACGCUUUCUCAGAGCCUACAGAGUUCGAGUACCUAAGGAAGGUGUUGUUUGAGUACAUGAUGGGGCAUGAGACCAAGACAAUGGCAAAAGUUAUAACUACAGUACUCAAGUUCCCUGAGGAUCAGACCCAGAAGAUUCUGGAAAGGGAAGAUUCUAGAACACUAUUUGCCUCACCGCAGCGUGGUAUCUUCUGAGUAGACUCAGAUCAGACAGUGCUUGGUUAGUAUGGCGACCUGGUUGCGCUGAGAGAGCUGUUGGAAUCCUGCAGGAACUCAAGAGGAUUCGGUGACUGCUGCUGAAAGAACUGGUGUAGACCUGGGAAUCGCAUAGAUGAGGGAGACCUGGCUGUGACAUUAAAGAAAACUUUUCUUAAUUUUAUGCGUUUUGUUUUUCCUUAUUUUAAAAGGGUUAGGAGAACUGAAUUACAUUUCUGCCUUUUUCAUGACAUCAGUUAAAAAGACUCUUAAUAACAAAAAGUUAUAUCUAGUUCCAAAUUAAUUACCAUACAAAAUAUGACAGUAUAUCAACUUCUAGUGAGAGAUUGGUGUAUGAUUUUUCUAUCUCCUCCUUCCGGUUUUUGUUUAGAGUUAGUACGAAUGGAUGGACUGUGCAAUAAAUUUCAUUUGUCUUUCCUUGCUGUUCUUCCUUUUAUCUUAUCUCUCUGUCUUUUCUCCUUCAGGUAUUUUGGUUUAUCUUGUUUUCUCUGUUAGGCUCAUUAACAAUCUUCCAGUCUGUUCCCUCUGCUUUUGCUGGUAAUUACACUGGAUUGCGGUACCUCCAUGAUUGUUUAUUACAUAGCUUUUGUACUUUAUAUUUUCUGGCGAAAACACAAAAACAUAUUGUACUGUAAAUUGUAUAUAACUGAUUAAAAUCUGUACUAUAGAGCAUAUUGUGACUGUUGGUAUGUUAAUACAUUUGAGACAAGCUAAUAAAGUUUUAUUUACAGUA